AUGGCGGGCAAGAUCAAGACGGUGGUGGUGGUGGUGCAGGAGAACCGCUCCUUCGACCACAUGCUGGGCUGGAUGAAGUCCCUCAACCCGGACAUCGACGGCGUCACCGGCGCCGAGACCAACCGCGUCGUCGUCGCCGACCCGAGCUCCAAAGCCGUCCCCUUCCGCGACGGCUCCCAGUACGUGGACCCGGACCCCGGCCACUCCAUCCAGGCCAUCUACGAGCAGGUCUACGGCACGCCCUUCGUCGACGCCCAGGCCACGCCCAUCACCCCACCGGGCAUCCCCGCGCCACCCAUGAGUGGCUUCGCCCAGCAGGCCGAGAAGGAGAAGCCGGGCAUGGCGGAGACGGUCAUGAGCGGGUUCAGGCCGGACGCCGUGCCCGUGUACCGCGAGCUCGCGCAGGAGUUCGCCCGCUACUUCGACCUUAAGAUCCUCCCCGGCAACGACGACCAUCCGUCGCACGACGUCUCCGAGGGCCAGAGGUUCGUCAAGGAGGUCUACGAGGCGCUGCGCUCGGGGCCGCAGUGGGAGGAGACGCUUCUCGUCAUCACCUACGACGAGCACGGUGGGUUCUACGACCACGUGCCCACCCCCGUGGGCGUCCCCAGCCCCGACGGCAUCAUUAGCGACGCUCCCUUCUUCUUCAACUUCGACCGCCUCGGCGUCCGCGUCCCGGCCUUCUUCAUCUCCCCCUGGAUCGAGCCUGGGACGGUGGUGCACAGGCCGUCAGGGCCGCACCCGACGUCCGAGUUCGAGCACUCGUCCAUCCCGGCCACCGUGAAGAAGAUCUUCAACCUCGGGAGCUUCCUGACCAAGCGCGAUGCAUGGGCCGGCACGUUCGACGUGGUCCUUACGCGUGACACCCCGCGCACCGACUGCCCUGCCACGCUGCCUGAGCCGGUGAAGAUGCGGCCAGCGGAGGCGGCGGAGCACGCGACGAUCUCGGACUUCCAGGCGGAGCUGGUGCAGCUAGGCGCGGCGCUCAACGGCGACCACGCCAAGGACACGUACCCGCACAAGCUGGUGGAGGGCAUGACGGUGGCGGAUGCCGCAAGGUACUGCAACGGCGCCUUCAAGGCCUUCCAGGACGAGUGCGAGCGGUGCAAGAAGUGCGGCAAGGACGGGUCUCACAUCCCCACCAUGCCGCCGUUGCCGCCGUCGAAGAAGAGGAGUGGCUUCGCUUCCAAGAUGCUGGCUUGCUUUGCGUGUGGCCAUUCUUCGUAG